AUGUCAAGGCACAAGAUUUGGCCCAAGUCUAGUGGUGCCCCACCGGGCUACGAGGUACUUGAGGCUCGCACUAAAGGAUGUGUUCCUAACAACGUGGGGAUCAAUCCUUUUCCUUUGGGGUUGGAUAUGUACAUUGGUGCCAAUAUCCCUGAGGGCUCCUUAAUUCUUUUGUCGGCCCACCUAGAGUAUGUUAGGUUUCCACUACAUCCCUUUUUUCAUAUGCUCUUGUUCUUCUUGGACCUUCACCCUAUGGAAUUGAACCUUCUCAUAUCCGAUUUACUGGCCGUCGGGUUGAAGUGGGGUGUGUCCCUUAGCUUUAAGGAUUUCAUCUACCUCCACAACUUAGCCUCUUUUAAUCACUGGGGAGUGGGUGGCACCUGA